AUGGCGCGCGUGACCAGGCGAGACAUCCGCCAGAUGGAUGUCACGGAGCAGAGGCGGUUCGCGGACGCCCUGGACGAGAUGAUGCGGAACCCCAACGGACCAGAGUCGUCGGUGUUCUUUGAGAAGGCGGGGAUCCACGGGUGGCCGGGGCGGAACGCGGACAGCCCGGCGCGGCGGGUCUGGAACCCGUACUGCGCGCACUCCAGGGAGAGUUUCCCCAUAUGGCACCGCGCCUACCUGUGGGACUUCGAGCAGGCCCUGCAGGCCGCCGACAGGGCGGUGAGCGGCCGAAGCGACCCGAUCGCGCUGCCCUACUGGGACUGGAGCAGGGUGGUAAACGGCCAGGUGUACCCCAACAUACUCAGGGAUCGGUUCAGGGACAUGGAGCCGGGCCUCCUGUCUCCCAGGUGGAGGUUCUCAGCGCCCUUUGAUGCUGUUGAGGACCUUGCGAACGAGGGCUACGCCGAGCUGAACAGACGUGUGGAUGACGUCGACGAGCUGUGGUCGGCGCUAGCGCCUUUGGAGCAGCUUGUGCAGAGCGCUCUGACCAGGAACAAUCACUACCAGUUCGCCCACACGUUUCUCAGUAGCGUCAGCAGCAUCGAGGACCCGCACAACAGCGUGCACGGCGCCCUGGGUGCCCCGAUGGCCAGCCCGGCGGUCGCGUCUUUCCACCCCAUCUUCUGGCUACACCACUGCAACGUGGACCGCCAGCUGUCCGAGUACAUCGCCAGGAGGGGGGCGCAGGUGGUCAAGGGCGACUUCAGGAGGAACCAGACGGACACCAACGUCAACGAAAACUUGUACGAGGACCCACUGGAGCCCUUCAGGAAGAACAACGGCAGGGACCUGGUCUACGUGGAGGACAUGUUCGAGCCGGACAUCCUUCUGUAUGACUACGCAGAGCGGCCCCCCGACGACAGAUCGCGACGCGUGCCGCGUCCAUUGCAAAUGCGCGAGCUGCCCACCAGGGCGGAAUUCGUGUUGGACAUGAUGUCGAUCGGCACGCACAGCUACGAGCUGUUCGUUUUCGUGGUGCCACUGAGCGAGGCUGGCGGCUGGCAGCCUCCAAAGCAUCCCCGCGACUGGAUGGGGGACCCCAACUUCGGCGGCAAGGCGGCCAUAUUCGGCAGUAUGGGCGAGGUCUGCGGCUGGUGCAGGAGGCGGCCCAAGAUCAGCGUGUACGCGGACAUCACGCAGGCCCUUACCGGCCGUGGCCUGAGCCGUCACGACGUGCAGAUACGGGUGAUGUGCCGCAACGAGUUCGGAACGGUCCUCAGGCGCAGGGACACCAACGUGCCCAUGCCGCAUAUUGUUGGGCCCCUGUUUGAGAAGCGGGAUGCGCUCCUCGAAAAGGGCAGCGUAGCCGCCGGCGAGGUCAGCCAGCUGCAGAAGUUCUUGAACAAAUUCGGGUGGCUGAAGGGUGGCGUGGACGGCGUGUUUGGGGAUGCCACCGAGGCCGCCGUGAAGGCCUUUCAGCAGUUUUCCGGCAUCGACGGGGACGGCGUCGCGGGGCCGGUGACCAUUGCAAAGAUCCUGCAGACGCGUCACGACGACGUUGCCGACCAGCCGGAUGAGCCGGACCAGCCGACUUACCAAAGGGGUGAGACGGUCGAGUACUGGGUCGGCUUGGGACCCGCCAACCUGGACCAGGACACCUUGGAAGGGGAAAUUGGCGCGGCAUUCGCGGCGUGGGCGGAGGUCACGGGGGUGGUUUUCACCCAGGUGGGUACAAGGGAGGAGGCGAAAGUGACGGUGACCUGGGCGGACAGGAGCCCGGACAACUUCUUUCUGUUCGACGGCCCCGGCGGCGCCCUGGCUCACUCCACCAGGGAGUACAUCCAGUUCGACAGGGCCGAGCGUUGGCUGGCCCAAGGGGACCAGCCGGCGCCCGGGGCGUUCCACGUGCUGCCCGUGGCGCUGCACGAGGUGGGCCACGUGUUGGGGCUGACGCACAGCGGCAAUGGCGAUGACGUCAUGGCGCCGUACUACGCGGGGAAGUUGGAGCUGGCGGAGGGGGACAGGCAGCGGGCCAGGGAGCUGUGGGUGGCGUGA